GGCGCCUUGUAAUCCGACCCGGAAGUUACGUGUGUGACGCUGAGACAGGUUCAGGGAGGAUCAGAGCGAUUCGCUUAGGUGGGCAGUGCUGGGGCUGCGGUCGGGAGGAGGCCGCUAUGAGCUGCACCAUCGAGAAGAUCCUGACAGACGCCAAGACGCUGCUGGAGAGGCUGCGGGAGCACGAUGCAGCUGCCGAGUCGCUGGUGGAUCAGUCGGCGGCGCUGCACCGGCGGGUGGCUGCUAUGCGGGAGGCGGGAACAGCGCUUCCGGACCAGUAUCAAGAGGAUGCAUCCGAUAUAAAGGACAUGUCCAAAUACAAACCUCACAUUCUGCUGUCCCAAGAGAAUACACAGAUUAGAGACUUGCAGCAGGAAAACAGAGAGCUGUGGGUUUCCUUGGAGGAACACCAGGAUGCUUUGGAACUCAUCAUGAGCAAGUACCGGAAACAGAUGUUACAAUUAAUGGUUGCUAAAAAAGCUGUGGAUGCUGAACCAGUCCUGAAAGCUCACCAGUCUCACUCUGCAGAGAUUGAGAGUCAGAUUGAUAGAAUCUGUGAAAUGGGAGAAGUGAUGAGGAAAGCAGUUCAGGUGGAUGAUGACCAAUUUUGUAAGAUUCAGGAAAAACUAGCCCAAUUAGAGCUUGAAAAUAAGGAACUUCGAGAGUUAUUGUCCAUCAGCAGCGAGUCACUUCAGGUCAGGAAGGAAAACUCAAUGGACACUGCUUCCCAAGCUAUCAAAUAACUUCAUCUUCUCAAUGAUGACUGGAGAUAGUUUAUCAAGGAAGGAAGUUACUCUCUUUCUAGUCAAGUAUUGUCCUGUCACUGUCUUGCCUCAGACCUGAUUUAGUGUUGAUUAAAGGAAUCAGGUGGCAGUUUAGAACUGGCAAUCAGAAUCGGCUCUCCACAAAACAGUUCUUGGGUGUGUUAGUGAAUUUCAACACACUGAAUUUCACCAUUCCUUUCUCUAAGAGACUACUUUUAAUUUUCAUUUAUGGGACCUUGAUUUAUAUAAACAGUGUUUUCAGUUCGUUUUUGUUCUUUCACAUCUCUGAAACUUCAAGCAUUUUAUUAUAAGGCAACAAUUUUAUUUUAUAUAGGAGUGUAUAUUGCAAUCAUAAAAAAAUUAAAAAGAGACUACCUUUUUGAAUCUAUUUGGCAUGUACCUGGAUUGUUUACCAUUUGAGGAAAGUAAUACAAGUUCACAGAACUAGCCUGGCAAAUUCUCUGAUUUAUAAAGUUUUAAGUCUCUCUGGUGCUGAGAGUUGGCACUUAUGGCCUUGUGUCUUUACUCUUAAUUUGAGAGAACCUACUGCUAAGUCCCCAGGAAACAUACUUGAAAAUAAGUCAACUGUUUGUUUUUCCUAGCAGUAGUAUAGUCAUUGUAUUGUUCAAAGAAUACUGAGAAAUUUGUCCUGUGCAACACACAUUCUUAGUUCAAAUGCUUUUAGAUAUUAAUAAUCAAUUUUGUUUGUCCUACUAGGAAAUCUUCAACUUGGGUAGUUCACCAAGUGUGAAGAGCAUAUAAUAGGUUUAUUCACAUCAUAGUUCUUAGGUACUACAUUGCACUAAUGUAACUUCUAUUUUACAGUUAGGAACCAUCUCUUACUUGGCUGCCUUUCAUUACUAGUGCCAGUAGUCGGCUUUCUUGUUAGAUUCAUUUUUCACAGUGAAGCAAAGUUUUAUCACCUCAUCAGAGUUAUUACAUUCAUAGUGCUAUGUAGAUAACAAAGCAGUGUUGAGAUUCAAAUGCUUAGUGGUCAACUAGGCUCACUCAUCAACUCAUUCCCCCACCUCAGUUUACUCACAUUUAAAAUUUACAAGUUACUUCAUGUUAUACUAUCAAUUUAGGUUUGCCAAAAAAUAGCUGAAAUAAUGAACGCUAAACCUGUCAAUAUUUUCCAGUAACAUUAAGCACCAUUCUGCAUGGGAGAGACACAGUACUAAAAGGUUUUUUGUGAGAGUUGUGUGUGAUGUAAAAUUUCUUUUGUACUUCCAUAAAAAAUUAACAACUAAAACAACAGAUUCUAAGAUACCCUAAAAGCAUCUGAUCCCAGUAAUACUAAUGGACUUUGCUUAUAAUGGUAAGCUUUAAUGAAUAGGUAUAUGUCAUUUCAGAAUUUGUCAAAUUUCUAUUCAAAGUCCUGCAUAGAAUUUGAAAAGUACUUCUACCCCAAGUGCUGGCAUUUUUAUCUCAUUUCCCAAGGGUAAAUAAACUUUUACCCCAGCCAUUUGCCUUGACAUAUAUACCCUAAGUGCCACUAUGUGUCCCACAAUUCCAAGUACCCUAUACCAUUCAUUAGCUGCCAGUUUUUAGUGAAAAUGAUAAAGUAAUGAAAUGGCCCAUUAAAAUAUAACAUGGUAUCCCUUUAACUGCCUUACAUUCCUUUGAAUUUAUAAAGUUCUAUACAUCUCAGAUAUCAGGAUAAAUCUAUAUGUUGACUUUUGCCCUUGAAAAAUGAAAAGCUUGAAGUAUGAGUCUAAAGAGCUCUCAGAACUAUACAAAACAUAAAUUCUGGCUGGUGUUAAUGCUAUGAAGAUAAUGUGUUGUUUAAAAAUUGAAGAGGAGAAGGAAUGUUUUACACUUUUAUUUGCAUGAAUAUUAAAGUUUCUUUUGCAGUAGGUAGAGGAACUUGACUAGUUUGCAGAAUCUUAGUACACACCUAUCUUUCCUAAUAAAACCUAGUUUUGAGAAUAUCAGCUAAUUCUACUCAGCAAUAAGUCUAAUUGUUAGGAAAUGCAAAGGUUUGUUUUUGCAUGGGUAGCAACCUGUGAGGCAGAGGGGUUUUCAUAAAUAUUUUGUAAUAAGCACAGUGUAGUAAGCAGUAUAACACUAUAAGUAAUUGUUUUUGAAAUGGUUUUGAAGAUUUCUUCAUGAUUAGAAAUAAAUUAUAUGAUUACAGACCAAAUUAUAAAAUUGAAACUAAGUUUGGAAGUAUUUUGAAAAAUGCUUAAAUAUUUACCUUUCUUACCUUGAUUUAUAUUAACACCUUAGGCAUAAUUUGAUUUAAACACUGAAGGUCUAUUUCACUGUUCCUCAAAAUGUGGUUCACGGACCUACUGAAAUAGAAAUCUGGAAAUGAGAUCCAGGAAUUCGUAUUUUAUAAAUAAUCCCAGAAAACUUCUAAGGACACUAGUUUGAAAAUGUCUUGUGUAUAUGCCAGGCACGUCAUUUAGAGUUAAAAAUAGAAAAAGGGGGCGUGGGCAUUGACACUGUUUUCAAAGAAAAAUCUAGUAAAUAGAACAAACAAGUAUAGAUAUAAUUAUGAUGCAGUGUGAUAAAUCCAAUAUAAAGAUGUAGGAUACAGAAGUGGGAAUGGGACUAAGCAUGAGAGACAAAAUGGGAAGGAGAAAUAGAAAGCUUGAUGCUUUCUAGUCAUUGUAUAAUCACUAUUUCAGCUCUACCUCCUUUUAUAGAUACUUCGGGAUAAGGUUAUGUUAUUUGUCAAAACUGGAACCAAGAUUCAAGUGCAGUUGGACUCCAAAAUAAUCACUAAGUUAUGAUCCCAUUAAAUGACAAUAGUAUUCAGAGUUCAAAUUGUUCUUGAUUAGCAAAACCUAUUUUUAUUAAUAGCGCAAAAGAAACACCACAGUCCACAUGUUAGAAAAUAUGAAUUUAAUAAGUGGAGCUCUAAUAAGGCAUGUGUGCAUACAGCUGAAAGAAACAAUGCUUAAUGAGUGGUCCUUAUUACAUACGGAAAGUACAGUUCAGUCUUUCAACUUUGCCUCCUUAGCAUGUUGUUUUUCACCCUUUAUGCUAUUUUCCUGUGGUUGCAAGAAGGUUGCUGCUGUGCCAGAUGUCAUGUUGAAGGCAUAGAACAUGGCCUGUGUCAACUAUAUGCAACCUUAUAGGAGGAAAAGCAAAGUUUUCUCAGAAAUUCCACAGAUCCCCACUUGUCUCAUUUGCCUAACUUGUUAAAUGAUCACUUCUAGUUGCAAAGGAGGCUGUGUACAUAGCUCCCCCAAACAAAAUCAGUAUUCUAGUAGCAAAAAGGAGAGAAUACUGAGAAAGCAACUAACAAUGUCUGAUGUGAGUCCUUUAACACUGCAUAGUUUUUAACAAGUAUAAGCAUUAGCUGAAGGAGUGUGUUGAUACCAAGUAGCCAAUAGAAUGGGCUGUUGGCAGACAUCUGUCAUUUCUUCUUUGGCUGCCCAAUAUCCUAACUCUUGUGUUGAGGAAAUCCCUCCUAAAAAAUUUGAAAGUGUCAGAUAUAUGUUUUCCCAGCCUCUUGCAGCUAGGAAAGCUAUAUCUGCCUUAAACUUUAAAGUUAGUGAUAGAAGCAGUAAACUAUGCAGAAUUUUUUGAGUAAAGGCAGUGACCUGCAACACUGGCUAUGACAUCCAGCUCCAUAGAAGAGCAGCAGAAGUGGCUUUAGUGACAACAUUCAGUGCCCAGUGUCAGCAAAAUCAGUGGUGUAACCUGCAAUGUCUUUUCCAACAGGGGACAUGGGAUCUUCACUGAAGCAGAUAUCUAAAGUGAUUAGAGGCCGUGUAGCCUCUAAUUCCAGUUUUCUGUCUGUCCUAGAGAUCCUGAGGAUUACUUAUUAGCCUUUUAAUAAAAUCAUUUUGUUAAAAUUAACCUGAAUUGCUUACAAUUAAGAACCCUGACUGAUAAGCAUAGUUUAAAAAACAACCAUGCAAAUAUAAAUUUUAUCAACACUAUGCAUACCUAUGCACUUAUAUUUUAAUAUAAUAUUUGGCACUUAAAAGAUAAAUGUAACAUGCAAAUAAGUUAUCAAACACAGUAACUCAUCAGCUAACUUAAGAAUUAGAACAUGACCCAACUUUACAUCUAUUUGAGCUCCUCUCUUCCCCCUGCCUGCCCCCUGCUCCCUCUUAAUAGUUUUAUCACAUGUAAAAAGACCUAAAAUAUGUAUGUACCCAUAAAGUGACAUUUUUUAGUUUUGUUCCUUUCUGAGUUCUAUGUGGUCUAUGAGGAUUUGAUUUUUUUUUUACUCAAUAUUAUGCUUCUAAGAUUGGUUUUGUUGAUAGUUAUUCACUCAUUUUCAUUGAUAUACGGUAUUUCAUUGUGUGACUAUACAAUAUUUUGUUAAGGGAUACAUAAAUAAAAUACAUUUUAAAAAUUCUCA